UAAGUACCCGUUUGUGUUAGCUUGAUAUGUCUUCCCAUGUAGUGCCUCUUUCAUGCUUCCUUCCAAGGGCUUGGCACUGAUUCAGGAGAGCACCUUUUACUGUAGUGAAGUCUUGGGAUGCUGAUUUCGUGUAAAAAGGAGGGGCAGACUAUGCCAGGACUUUAGUGAAGCGUUGGAAUGGAAUUGACUUAAAUCCUGGCUGUAUUCAGAGAAUGAUGGGAAGUGACCUGUCUCACUGCUCCAGGAUGAGCAGCCACCCUCGGGAAUGGAGUUUCUUGUGUCAAUGCAGAGAAACUUGAAAUAAGAUGCCCUGCCUGCCUUGUGAAGAAGAAGUGUAAAACAGGUGGAGCCAGUGCAGUCUUUAAACAAAUUCUAGAGAAAAAUUAGAGGGUCUAACCCUGAUGGGUCUGAAUGUUAUUCAGCUUUACAAAGCCUAAAGAAAUUGAAAGGAAGCAAAACUGGGAAGAAAGGACCCAGUUUCCACCUGCACACGAAUGGGGUGGACUCCACACUGUCCUCACUCUGUACUGCUCAGGAGUGUGACAUUGAUGACAUCGAUGGCUGCUUGUCUGCCUGUCUCCUGUACUUUGCUCCCUAGGUGAGAUCAGGCAUUUGCAGUGUGACGGGGUUUCUGUCUGUAGUCUGUCCUUAUCUAGGAAAGCAGCAUUACCUUUUCAAGUGGUGAAAAUACUAUUGAUCUAACAUUGCACUGAAAUUCUUUCAUCUCUAAGUGUCCCUGCCCUUUCCCAAAUGGGUAAUGGGCUUUGUCCCCUCAGUUUCUGAAGGGAGAUAAAUGAAAUGCAGCAGGAUUGUUCUGCAGUUGACCUUCAUGAGUGUAGACGCAGCUAGGAUAGGAAUCCAGGGCUCUUAAUACACUGAUCCCAGGAAGAGGGAACCUUUUGCUAUCUUGCAGAUGUGAUAGAUGUGUCUGUGGGCAUGAAUAGCAACUAAUGAAUAUUUAUACAGGUACUAAUGAAGUCCUACAUCUGUUUUUACAGAUGCAUGUGGGUAUGGACUUGCAAGAUACCAGUGUGGGUGUGAAUAGAUGCAGGCCUGGGAAAAUUGUGAUAGCUUGUAGCUGAGCCACUUGGCACAUACCGUGUGUCCAAAUGCCUACUUGCAGAACAGUAUUAAAAGACAAAAAAAAAAAUUGCUACCCUCUUGUCCCUUCCCAAAAGAGUCAUGAACGUUAGGGGUUUUUGUUUUUUUUUUUUAAGCAUAACUAUCCCUCGCUGAAAAUAUUAAUUGUACUUCCUGUCUCUGGUGACUUUUUGAAUGGGAACUACUGUUGUGUGACCACUGUUGGCUUCCCCAAGUAGGCAAACCUGGUAGCGCUGCUUGGGGGAAAGUGAAUGCUGUGUGAGUGAGCCAGAAACCCUUUUUAUACUGUGACAUUUAACAUUUGGGUGGCUGGUGGUGAAGCUGGCAGUUUCACUGGACUGCCUGCUGGGAGUUAUUUCUAGGGAUGUGUGCAUUGAGCCCCUUCUGUGACAAAGGUUAAUAAUGCUUGUAAGGCAGAGGUGAAAGUGGCUCAGCAGAAGAACAUCAGGAAAUCUGGCAGACUGGAAGAGCACAGCUGCCCCCCUGGGCAGCUGCCACGUGUGAAGCAUGGAGGAAAGUAAAAACGAGAAGGUGAACCAGGCUCAUGUUCUCUUCGACAGAUUUGUCCAGGCUUCCACCUGCAAGGGGACUCUCAAGGCUUUCCAGGAGCUCUGUGACUACCUGGAGCUAAAGCCCAAGGACUAUCGUUCCUUCUAUCACAAACUCAAGUCCAAGCUCAAUUACUGGAAAGCCAAAGCCUUGUGGGCCAAAUUGGAUAAAAGAGGCAGCCAUAAGGACUACAAGAAGGGGAAAGCAUGCGCCAACACGAAGUGUCUGAUAAUUGGGGCUGGACCCUGUGGCCUUCGCACAGCCAUCGACCUGUCCUUCCUGGGAGCCAAGGUGGUGGUGAUAGAGAAGAGAGAUGCCUUCUCCCGCAACAACGUGCUGCACCUCUGGCCCUUCACCAUCCACGACCUCAGGGGCCUCGGCGCCAAAAAGUUCUACGGCAAAUUCUGUGCAGGAUCCAUAGACCAUAUCAGUAUCCGUCAGCUCCAGCUGAUCCUUUUGAAGGUUGCCUUGAUCUUGGGAAUAGAGAUCCAUGUCAAUGUGGAGUUCCGGGGGCUCGUUUACCCUCCAGAGGACCAGGAGAAUGAAAGAAUAGGUUGGCGUGCAUUGGUCCAUCCCAAAACCCAUCCAGUGUCUGAGUAUGAGUUUGAAGUCAUCAUUGGAGGGGAUGGCAGGAGAAACACCUUAGAAGGGUUUCGCCGAAAGGAAUUCCGUGGCAAGCUUGCAAUUGCCAUCACAGCAAACUUCAUCAAUCGCAACACCACAGCUGAAGCCAAAGUAGAAGAGAUCAGCGGUGUGGCCUUCAUCUUCAACCAGAAAUUCUUCCAGGAUCUCCGGGAUGCCACAGGCAUUGACUUGGAGAACAUUGUCUACUACAAGGAUGAUACACACUACUUUGUCAUGACUGCCAAAAAGCAGAGCUUGCUGGAUAAAGGAGUGAUACGGCAUGACCAUGCUGACACAGAGGUCUUGCUCUCCCGGGAGAACGUGGACCAGGAGGCUUUGCUCAACUACGCCAGGGAGGCAGCAGAUUUCUCUACUAACCAGCAGCUGCCCUCGCUGGACUUUGCCAUCAACCACUACGGGCAGCCCGACGUGGCCAUGUUUGACUUCACGUGCAUGUACGCCUCCGAGAACGCCGCCCUGGUGCGCGAGCAGAACGGCCACCAGCUCCUCGUGGCAUUGGUCGGGGACAGCCUCCUGGAGCCCUUUUGGCCAAUGGGAACUGGAAUAGCCAGGGGAUUUUUGGCUGCGAUGGACUCUGCUUGGAUGGUACGAAGUUGGUCACUUGGAGCCAGUCCUUUGGAAGUCCUUGCAGAGAGGGAAAGCAUUUAUAGGCUGCUGCCUCAGACCACCCCAGAGAACGUGAGUAAGAACUUCAGCCAUUACAGCAUUGAUCCUGCCACCAGAUAUCCCAAUAUCAACGUCAACUUCUUGAGGCCACAGCAGGUACGCCACUUGUAUAAUACAGGAGACUUGAAAGACAUUCACCUGGAGAUAGAGAACUUUGUGAACUCCAGGACACCAAAGCUGACUCGAAAUGAGUCUGUAGCUCGUUCUAGUAAAUUGCUCAGUUGGUGCCAGAGGCAGACUGAUGGAUAUGCUGGUGUUAAUGUGACAGAUCUGACAAUGUCAUGGAAAAGUGGCUUAGCUUUGUGUGCCAUUAUCCACAGAUACCGUCCAGACCUAAUAGACUUUGAUUCCUUGGAUGAGCACGAUGUGGAGAAGAACAACCAACUGGCCUUUGACAUCGCUGAGAAAGAGUUUGGGAUCUCUCCCAUUAUGACUGGAAAGGAAAUGGCAUCUGUUGGAGAGCCAGAUAAGCUGUCCAUGGUGAUGUACCUCACACAGUUCUAUGAGAUGUUCAAAGACACCAUCCCCUCUAGUGAUAGCCUGGAGCUGAAUGCAGAGGAAAAGGCUGCCCUGAUUGCCAGUACCAAGUCUCCCAUCUCCUUCCUCAGCAAACUGGGACAAAGCAUCUCUCGGAAGCGCACUCCCAAGGACAAAAAAGAAAAGGAACUGGAUGGUGCAGGAAAGAGGAGAAAAACCAGCCAAUCUGAGGAUGAGGACCUCCCACGAAGCUACAGAGAAGAAAGGCCCACACUGGUGAGUGCCCUGACAGAGAGGAGAAUUGAUGCUGCCAUUGGGAAUCAGAACAAAGUCAAGUCCAUGGCAACCCAGCUGCUGGCCAAGUUUGAAGAGAAUGCACCAGUGCCAUCCUCAAACUUACGAAGACAGCCACCUGUCCUGCCUUACCAAGAGCGUGUCCACAGCCAGCCAUCCAGCAGACGAGAGCAGGGCCGGCUUGCUCCCAUACCCCAGUGGAAACAGAUGAGGCAUAAGGAACGUUCUCGGACCUGCCCCAAAAAAGUGAUCAUGCUCUCUUCUUCCACUCCAUCCUCCUCUCCAUCGUAUCCCAGACAGCAGAGAUUCAGGGAACCUGGUGCUGGCUAUCCCGGGGAGCUGAGGCCCAGACAGGAAAGGAGAUCUCCUCGUUUAUUUUCUCAUGACCAAGUGCCCAUGAGUGUUGAGCAAAGGGCAUGUCAGCUGGCUGCCCUCCUGGAGUCCAGACGUGCACUGAGGCAUCAGCCCGAGACGGAGCCGUCUCGCCGAUUCUUUGUUGACCAGUGGGAGCUCUCCCUUAGCCUCCGCUCUUCCAACCGCCCUUCCUCACCCUCCUCCGACUCCCUGCGACAGAAGUACAUAAAGAUGUACACAGGCGGAGUGAGCUCAUUGGCUGAGCAGAUAGCCAAUCAGCUUCAAAGGAAAGAGCAACCCAAAACCCUUCUAGACAAGAAGGAACUGGGCUCUCUCAAGAAGGAAUUCCCCCAGAACCUGGGAGGCAGCGACGUGUGCUACUUCUGCCGCAAGCGGGUCUACGUGAUGGAGAGGCUCAGCGCUGAGGGCAAGUUCUUCCACCGCAGCUGCUUCAAGUGCGAGUACUGCGCCACCACCCUGCGCCUGUCCUCCUACGCCUACGACAUCGAGGACGGUAAAUUCUACUGUAAACCUCACUACUGUUACCGAGUCUCUGGUUAUGCUCAGAGGAAGAGGCCAGCAGUGGGUCCUCUGUCAGGAAAGGACACCAAAGGAGCUCUGCAGGACGCCAUGGCCAGCGAUGGGAGCGGACGGGCCAGCAGCAUCCCCACCUCAGCAGAGAGGGCCCCAGGUUCCAGUGUGAACGGGCUGGAGGAGCCCAGCCUGGCCAAGCGGCUGCGGGGCACUCCGGAGCGCAUCGAGCUGGAGAACUACCGGCUGUCCCUGCAGCGCGAGGAGGAGCUGGAAGAGGUCCCCGAGGAGACACUGGCAGAGCACAACCUGAGCAGCGUGCUGGACAAAGGGACAGAAGAGGAUGUGCCCAGCAGUAGUUCAGAAUCUGAGAUGGAGGAGGAAGAUGAAGAAGAAGAUGAUGAACAGCAACCCCCUUCAGACCUGGGUGGUGUGCCAUGGAAGGAGGCCGUGCGUAUCCACGCCCUCCUGAAGGGAAAGAGUGAAGAAGAGAUUGAGGCUGAGCAAAAUCAUGAGAUUGAGUACAAAUAUGAUGAGGAUGAGGAGGAAUACGAAGAGGAAGAAGAUGAGGAGUCAAGUGAAGAGGGGGAGUAUAACCCUUGGGAGAGAGAGCUGCAGCAAGGCCUCUGGCUCCAACGUCUCUCAGAUGAAGAGGACUCGGGUACACAUAAAGGUACCCGUACGCUGUCUCCACUUCCAGGGGAAGCUGGAAACCUUAGGCUGCAGCAGAUUGUAAAUCCGGUUGAUCCUCUGGAGAUCCUGGCAGAUGUGCACUGGACACACAUCCGUGAGAAAGAGGAGGAGGAAAAAAUGGUCUCAGCCUCAAAGUCCUCCACCUCCAGAGCAUCCGACCUUCCCUCCGUACGCCAUGAGGCGGUACAGGCGUGGCUGGAGACGGUCCCUGGAGCUCCAUGUGAGGAGGAUGAUGUGGAGGAUGAGCUGGGCACAGAGCCUGCAGACACAGAAGGGCAGGCAGGUGAAGAGGGAGACACGGGUGCAGAGCUGGACGAUGACAUAGCCUCUGAUGCAGAAGCCGAGUUUCGCCUGCGUCAGAGUGGGGCAGAAGGGGCAGAACUGAAAGUCUCUGAGGAUGAAGAAGAAGAAGAAGAAGAGGCAGAAGGUGCUUCUCACAGUGUGACUGAAGAUCCAUGCAAGCCACCCAUCCCUAUCCAGCCCUCUAAUGACAGUGUUCUUCCUCUGUCUCCAGCUGCUAGUCCCAAAGCAAAACAAGCAGAGGAUGUAGAAGAUCCCCUGGCUGAAGUGUGCCGUGCAAUAAAAUCCCCUGAGCCACACUUUUUUCCUGAGCCUUUCAUUCUUGAAGAAAGACCAAAGGAUGAAAUUCCCAAAGACAGGAAAGUUAAGAGCCCUUUGGUGCCACCAUCUCCAGUGUUGUCCCAGCCUGUUGCAUCACCAGAAGCCAUUGCACCCCCAUCACUAGCAGAGUCUCAGCCAGGAGCACCGGCACUGGCCUCAUCCCCAGCAUCUGCUCAAACGCCUAUCUGUUCCCAGCCUUUGCCUUCUGCUGAAACAUCCAUUCCAUCCCCAGUGGAGCCUCCAGUAUGUUUCCAACCUGUCCCAGCCUUAACAUCUACUCCUUUAGCCAAAUUGGCCCUUAGGGGCCAGGAUGGUGAGGUGGAAAAGCUGGGGAGCCCCACUACUGCAGAAGAAGCCCUGAAACGGAGCAGCCUCGUGGAAGAGUUCUGGAUGAAGAGCGCUGAAAUCCGACGGAGCUUGGGGCUCACCCCCGUGGACAGAAACAAGCGCUCAGAGAGCAGCUUCACUGUGUCUGCUCUGGAGACAACUCCUCAGAAGACUUUCAAUAGCAGGAAUAUUUCAGGGGAUGAAAGGAUCCAUCCUGUGAAACCCCAGCCUGCCCCAAGAAGGCAGGGACUAUCCAAGUUAGAAAAUGAGCAGAUUUCUCUGCUCACUCCAAAGUCUCCAUCAGAAAAGGAACUAAAGAUUUCCAGUGAAGUACGGGGAGAUGUAUCCAGCAGCUCUGGGCUUGGCCUUCAGGAGAGUUCAUCUAACAUGAGAACUAUGGCUAGCCAGAGCUUCAACACUUCCGACUCCACCAUGCUAACUCCUCCAUCGAGCCCGCCACCACCACCUCCUCAGAACGAGGAGCCGGCCACGCUGCGCAGGAAGAGGUACCAGGCACUCUGGCAGAAUGAGGUGGAAGCCAGGUCACCUCCGACACCAGCAUCAACACCUCCUGCUCCCCGACACCAGGAGCCAGCCCCUCCUGCCAAGGAGGCCCCCCCGGCCAAGAGGGACGACGUGCGGAAGUCGUUCGCAGAGAGCGUGGAUGAAAUUCCGUUUGCUGAUGACGUGGAAGACACGUACGAUGACAGGACAGAGGACUCGAGCCUUCACGAGAAGUUCUUUACACCUCCUACCAGUAGGCCAAGGCCAGAGAAACCACAUCUUUUGCCCUUGGUCAAAGAAAAUGGUGGUCCACCCUCCAUGGAAGGAGGGGCUCACCAUAAGAAGAGAGUGUUCCCUGACAUUUCUGUGGAGGCCAAGGAGCUUGCUGAAGAAAGAAUGAGAGCCAGAGAGAAGUCUGUCAAGAGCCCAGCACUACGUGAUGCCAUGGCUAAACAGUUGUGUAAGAUGAAAGAUAUGGAGAUGACUGCUGCUGCUGCUACUGGGGCCACAAGGGCACGAAAGGCAUCUUCUAUGCCCUUGAAGACCAAAGAGUUGUUUUAUGAGUCUCCAAAACAUUUGGCCUUGAAAUUAGCAGAGGGAUCUGCACGAAAACAUAAUUCUGCUACUGAGAAGUACUCCACUCCUCCUGCUGAUAUGGCUGGACCUGAAGGGUCUGUAAGCUCUUCAGAAGGCUCCAGUGGGAAGAGUAAGAAAAGAAGUUCCCUCUUCUCCCCUCGUAAGAACAAAAAGGAGAAGAAAUCCAAAAACGAUAGCAGACUUUCUGACAAAUCUAGUGGUGGGACAGAGGAAGCAACAAAGCCUAGGUCGUUAUGGAAGUCUGUUUUCUCUGGCUAUAAGAAAGACAAGAAGAAAAAGGCUGAUGAGAAAUCUUGCCCAAGUACUCCCUCAAGUAAUGCCACUGUGGAUUCUGGCAAGCACAAACCCUCUCCACUGAUCACAGCUGCAGAUUUACAGCUCCGUCAACACCUGAGUUUCUCAGAGGACUCCGACCUCUCCAGUGACGAUAUUCUGGAGCGCUCCUCCCAGAAAUCCAAACGAGAGGCGUUUCAUGAGAAAUUCUGCAUUUUCCAAGAGAUGCAGAAGAAUGAGUCGAUCUAUGUACCACACGCCUUGGCAUUCAAGAGAUCAUACUCGUCAAAGAGAGCCUACACAGAAGAGGAGCUGAACGCCAAGCUGACGCGGCGAGUACAGAAAGCUGCCCGCAGACAAGCCAAGCAAGAGGAGCUAAAGAGGUUGCACAGAGCUCAGAUUAUCCAGCGGCAGUUGGAACAAGUGGAAGAGAAGCAGAGGCAACUCGAGGAGAGAGGAGUUGCUGUGGAGAAGGCUCUUCGAGGAGAAGCAGACUAUUGGGGAGAGUCUUAUUACAGUGACCUCAUCGACUUGCAUCUGGGUGUUGAGCCCAAUGCCGGGACACCACGUCGUAGACCUCUCUCCUUCUGCCCUUGCUGUGCCCAUGAAGGCAUGGGUAAGAAGGAUGACCCCAAGCUGAUGCAGGAGUGGUUCAAGCUGGUGCAGGAGAAGAAUGCCUUGGUUCGCUACGAGUCUGAACUGAUGAUAUUUGCUCGCGAGCUAGAACUGGAAGACAGGCAGAGUCGACUGCAGCAGGAACUGCGUGAGAGGAUGGCAGUAGAAGAUCAUCUGAAGACUGAUGAGGAGCUCUCGGAGGAGAAGAGGAUCCUGAAUGAAAUGCUUGAAGUAGUAGAGCAGAGAGAUUCCCUUGUGGCUCUCCUUGAGGAGCAGCGGCUUCGAGAAAAAGAAGAAGACAAGGACCUGGAGGCAGUCAUGCUUUCCAAAGGUUUUAGCUUGAACUGGUCCUGAGCUUAACACAUUUACCUCUGCUGGUCUGUGUUGUCCAGUUGGCCUACCCUGAGUUUGCCAGAAUUACAUGGAUAGGAAGAUGUUGAAGGGGAAACCUCUGAAGGGUCCAACAGCAUGCAGGGAUUUGGUUUGAAGCACUCUGAAGCCUUUUGAUAAGUGUGUUGGUUCCAGAAGCUUAAGUUUUACAUGUCUGCAAGCCAAGUUGAAGAAAUGAGUUGAGACUGUGGAGUCUCCCUGAGGUCCUGUACGAUGGACCGUAUUUUGUGUGUGGUAGGAGGGAGGGGGGAAUAAUCCACGUGUGGGGAAGGAGGUUAAGGGAAGAAGUACCCUUAACUACAGUGGAUUUAAGGCAGUCCAUUCCUUUCCCAUUUUUACUACACCAGUUCUAAUAAAAGGGAGGGAAGUGGCAACCUUUCCUGAAAAACCACAGCAGCCUGUAGCAGUGGAGUCAGCUGUCCAAGAGAGCUGCAGAAGCCCAGGGCAACACCUUCUUUGCUUUAGUCUUCCUCCCCACCAAAGAAACCUGCAGUUGAUCCUUAUGCAUGGAAAUGAAGAAAUACCAGACAGAGAAGAUACUGCUAUGUGUGAUGGAACUCUCUGCCUCCUGGUUUUUGGAGAGAAGUGGGCAUCAGUGGACUCUUUCCCUACCUUAGACUCCUAAAUCUUCUUGUGGGGAACAAGGGGAGCAGAAGAGAGAGGGAAGAUGCCCACCUGCUUUGCUACACACUGGAGAGGCAGCUACUGCUGGCCUUAGUCUUCAUGGCCACAGCUCAGAGGCUGGUGGGCUUCCUUGUUCUGUUUUUAUUGUGACUGUUUUGACACUGGAAAAUACUGCUGUGGGACAGUGGUAAGUGUGUGCUGGGGCAGGGGUGUUCCCAGGCAGCAUUCCCUGGUUAUUUGGCCCCCUAAAAGGGAGAAGCCCUUAAGUGACCGAACCACCAUUAAGACUUUUCAGUGUUUUUAUUUUUUUUUUUCCUCUGUAUUUUGUUUUUGCACAUUGGAAACAAAGCUUAAGACCUGCCUGGGCCCUCAGUCACUUUGACCCUUUUAUGUCAAUUAACUUAUUUUUUUAAUACUUGAAAGAAGAUUCAUUUUUGUAUCUUUUAGGAAACAAAUGGACGAGUGAUGGGUGUGUGUGCCUGCUGCAUCCUACAACUUCCACUUCAAAAUUACUGGACGUUGUUACCUGUGGCUAUUUAUUAGUGUUCUUAAUAAUAAUUUGAUUGUUACACAUAUUUGAUUGUGGAGGGAGUGUUUUAACUCUGUUAGAGAAAGACACUACUGCGGAUUGGUCCCUGCUUCACAGCAAGGGCAGCCUUUAUGUACCCAUGGAUGCAUCCUGCCCUAGGAGUUUUCAUCUAUGAAAAAAUCCUGUGCACUCAUGGAGUUUAAGAAUUUUUUUGUGUUCUUAGCAUCCUUUUCUUCCACAUCCCACAUUCUCUCUUUUGGACUAACAAACAUAUAUUUAUUUAAAUUUUACAUUUUUAUAACAAGAAAGCCAAAACUGUGAGGUAGAAAUAUCCCAUAUGUCUCUUCCUCACUGAAAGAGGGGAUCCUCACAGUCCUGAUACAGUUCGAGGGAUUUCCAUGAAAACAAAACCAGCACAUUUCCUGCUGCAUCCAUUGGAAGAAGCUCCUUUGGCCCAGUUAGUGAAUCUGCUGCUUUUCAGCCAGGAGGGUCCUGACCGUAACCACACGAUAACCCAUGAGCAGGAUGUGCACUGAGCAGCUCAGCCCCACUCCCUGUGGGACAGACUCCCUGGGCAAGCCGUGUCCUUAACCUAUCCUGCAGAGCUGAAGCAGCACCGUGCACUGGGGAUGUGUUCCCUCCUUCACAUGAUGUGUCCAGAGGGUUUCCCUCCUUGGGAUGCUGACUGUGUUCUUUUCCUGUUAAAGAAGUACCAAGGCUGCUUUUGAUGUCUCUGAGAACGUGUCCCAUUCCCAAGCACAUGUGUACAGCCUACUGACUCUUCCAGCUGGAAUUGACACUGCCGGUGCGAGGCACCCCAGCAGGGCUGAACAUCCUUCAGUCUUUUGCCCUGGCACAGAAGUUUGCAUGGUUUCUUGCCGCUGGCUCUCUACCUCCUUCAGAGGGGUCUCCUGUAAGCCAAGGCCUGUGAUUCGAAUUCACCUCUGAUUUGGGAGAAUGCCCCAGGCUGAGGGAGAAUGAGUAGGAGUGUCCGUGGGGACUCUGAGCAGUGCUGGUUGCUAACUGUGGAAACCUGUGUUUUCCACCCAAAGCGUUCUCCCUUUAUUCCACCUAAGGCAUUACAAAUUAAAUCCAGAUACUCGUGAAACCAACCAGACAGACAGGCAGCUGCAGUGCUACUUCAUAACUGUGUUUAUUAGCAAGUGGCACCUGCCAUUCCAGCAUCCCAGAGUAUUGGCUUCACCAGCAGGAUGUCUAACAAACAGAAUUCCCUCCCGUUUGCUGGUGCAGGGCCUGCUGCAAUGGUAGUUUACACAGUCUGCAUUUGAGGGGCCACUGGAAGCUGGAGUGCAGGAAGAGGGAAGAAAGAUAGCAGGUUUACUGUAAAUUGUCUUGUGUAGAGAAUUGGCCUCAGUCCAUUUUAUAGUGCACUGGGUAUAUGGACCACAUCUAGCUUGAAACAGAAGGUCGUUGAAUGUGAGCUGUAUCACAGAAGAAAGUCCUGAAGAAGAAACAGGAGAUGGUUUCUUUUCCCUUUCAUGCUGAGGGACAUUGGCCAGAUCUUUGCAAUGCUGAAGAGUGAGAUCACUUCAGGGUGUAAUACCUUAUUGCACAGAAAACCCACAUAUUCUAACCCUAAACUCUUUGGGUUGUGCUGAAGGCCUCCAGCAGCGAGAACGAAAACAAAGAGCUAACAUCGCACACACAAAUUGAUUGAAAAUACACAAAAGGGAAUGUUAAAAGGCCUUUUUAUAUCAAAAUGGUUGUAAAAGGCACAACUUGUUAUUUGCUGUUCAGUUGCACUUUAAGAAUAUGACUUGCAUAUCAGAUAGUGGGUUUUUUUACUCUCUGAAUAUUUUUAAUUCAAAUUUUUGUAUUUUUAAAGCUGAAGAAGGUUCUUGUGAGCACAAGAUUCCUUAUUUGUAUCCGAAUCCGAGCAGGAUGUUCUAGCUCUUUGCGCUGCCCGCAGCGCACGCUCAGCCACGUGCAUUCAAUGACGUGUGUCCAUUCCACGCGUGAGGAGAGCCAAGGGACCCUCAGCUCCCCAGACGUGGGCACGCAAGGGUGGCUGUCCCCAGGUGACGUGGUCCUGACCCGGGGCUGGCCGUGCUUCAUCCCGGCAGCAGGUGGGAAGAGAGCCGAGCUUGGAACCUGAGCCGUGUUGUUCUGAAAUGGGCACACUGAGGAUGGGGCAAGCCCUCCAGCCCCCUAAGGGGAAGGGAGGGGAACACCAGCUCCUGGAAGGAAACGCCCAGGAGGUAAAUGGAGAUGGGGGAGUGAGGACUGCCACAACAACUAAUCUGCUGUUUUCACAGUACCUUUUUUUUAAACUGUUCUGUUCCUUUUAACCAUAUUCUCAUUAAAAGUCACAACUGGCUGUAAAAUUCUGAACUACGGAGGACUAAUGUGUGGGAAGGUGACAUUUCAGUUCCAACUUUCAGACAUAUUCCUUCUUUCAGUUAACCAAUACCCCCUGGUCUCACUAGGGCAUGUUAUAAACUGCAUUGCUGAACAUAUUUUAGAGCAAACCGCAAGUUUUAAAAGUCUGUCCUUCUCUCUGCGUCUCUGCAUUUUCUGUAAAUAUUCGUUUGUAUGUAAAGGCACCAGUGGAUCCUUGGGCUACCCCCACGGUCAAGAAUCUGAGUUUUGUGCAAUGCCUAGGCCUCUGUUAGAACACGGUGCUUGCGUAGAGCUAGUCACCACAUUUGUGUGCACUCUGGUGGGUUUUAAUAUUUUUAUACAUCCUAAUCCUGAACGUUAUGAAGUAUUCUAAGUGGUCUAGACAGCAUGAUCUAGAGCAGCCGGCAGUUCCCUUUUGUGAGCAGCUACACCUUGUUUGGUUAACAUUCUUCUAAAAUAAGUUUGCCAUUAAGUGUUUACACCACACACCAGUGGAUUGAGAGAGGUGUUGCAUUGUAAAAUCUCCCAUGUGCAAACUGAAAAGCUGCCAUGGGGAUUUCAGUUGUCACUGUCUGCAAGGAAGAGAGCUCUAAAGCAUACUAAAAACCAGCCUGUAUAUAGUUCACAGAGAAAGAGAUCGCUGGCUGUUGACCUUUGCAAAGUAACAGAGAUGGGAAGCUUUCCAAAAGUUCCUGCUUUUUGGAUUGUCCAAGCCUGCUACCCUGCCUGUACGUGCCUGCUUGGCAGGUAGUAGGCCAGGUAGCAGGCAGCUGAGGAUAUCACUGACAGCAGGUGUGAAGGGGAGGAUGCCAUGUUCUGAUGGCAUUGCAGUAACUUAAAUACUCUGUAUCUGUGGGUGCAUGCGUGUGUGUGUGCAGUCUAAUCCAGGCAAAGGGAGUUGCUUUGGCAUCUGCCCUUUUGUAUGAACGUGAACUCUGAUAUUCAGAUUGUUCAAGGCUUUUACGGUUGGCAUGUAUGGAGCGUUAACAGAAAAGUGAAUACCCUACCUGUAAAAAACCAACUCUGUUCCAGCCUGUUUUCUUCUAUUUGGUUGUGUUUUACCGUUUGUUUUUAUGCACACUUGCUUCAUUGGUGUUGAGAUUUUAGCACCUCAGAUGGCCAACUGAACUAAAAAAAAAAAAUAAAGUCAUUAAUUAUUU